GAACAACAACAGCUAAUGAAUGAAGGACCAUCGAUAAUAACAGAAUAUAACAAAGAUCCUAUAGAAAUAGGAAUAAACCAAGAAUCAGACUUACCAUACCUAAGACCAAUAACAAACAGACCCGGAACACCGAAUUAUAAGGGGAAAACACCGAACUAUGG